AUGAGAGCAAUCAGUAGCCUUCGCGACAUCACGAUGAGAGUUCUGAUCGUAUCCGCCCUUAUCGCCUGCGUAUCCGCCGCGCCCUCAUUAUUGGCGCCGAUACCUUUCGCCGCAAUAGCUAUACCUGGUAUAGCUGUGGCCCCGACCAUACCACCUGGUGAUAUUCAGGCUGCUGCUAUUGAUGCUCAGGUAAAAGUAGCUGACCAAGCUCAGUUACUAGCUGAUCAAGCUCGUGAAUUAGCCGAACAAGCAGCCGAAAAUCAAAACGAAGGAGUAAGUGAAGCCAAUGAUUUGGCAAAGGAAAGAUCCGAGGAAGCUUUCUGGGCUGCAGAGGAGAAGAAAUGGCAAGCUAUGAACGAAGCCCAAAUCGCAGAAGCAAAGAUUGCAGCUUCCGUGGCAGAUAAUGCCGCUGAAUUGGCCAAAACAAACUCUGGUGCUACUGGUAUAGUUCCUGGCGUAUCAACUCCUGAAGUAGCUGAUGCAGGAAUUGCUGUUGAAGCAGCAUCAGGUGCCGAAGUAAAAUCAGUAGGCGCCGAAGUCAAAUCAGCUGAGAAAAGUGAAGGUAUCACCGAAAUGAAAAGUGAAGAGAAGGAAGAUUUGGUAAAAUCAUCAGAAGUAAAAGCUAUUGAGAAUAGCGCAGAAGGUGAAAAGAAGGAGACAGCAGUGCCUGAUCUGAAAUCAGCUGUGGAAGAAGCACUCAAGGCGCAAAAUCUUGUCAUCCAAGCAUAUAAUUCGGCCAUUUUGCCAGCUAAUUUCGGUCUUGCCCCUGGUCUGCCUGCCAACUUGGCAGUAGCGCCUGCAGCUGCCAUCAGUUACCAAUCUGUGGCACCUUUUGCCUACCAGGCCGCCUACAGAGCUUUUCCUGUUCCUGUGCAACAAGUCCCCGCUAAAUUUUAUAGCCCCAUUGUCGCUGCGAACGGCUGG